CAUGCAGUUGUUCGUUUUCAAUGGCACACAGAACAGAUCAGCAGAACCCCCGCUAGUCGUCCCACCACCGCGAGGAUGCAGCGCCUCCUCCCGGCCACCCUCCGCCGCCGCCGCCUCUCCACCGACGCCGCCCCGGACCACAGCCUCGCCUCCUCCGCGGAGCACGCGCACCGCCUGCUCCGCCGCCACGGCGCCGACCCGCAGAGGCUGGCCUCCGCGCUCUCCGCGUCGGGGCUCGACCCGGCCUCCCCGCGCCUCCUCGACGCCGUCCUCCGCCGCUGCGGCGCCGCCUCCUCCCUCGCGCUCGGCUACUUCCACUGGUGCUCCCCGUCGCUGCCCACCGCGCCGCUCCCCUCCUCCCUCGCGCUCCUCGCCAAGUGCUUCUCCCGCGCCUCCGCCGCGCCCUGCCCGUCCCUCCUCGCGCCGCUCCCCUCCCACCUCCUCUCGGCCUCCAUCCUCUCGCCCGUCCUCCGCCGCCUCCCGCCGCCGCGCGUCCUCCCCUUCGCGCUCUCGCUCCUCUCCUCCCGCCCCGCCCACGACCACCCCUCCCUCUUCCUCUCCCUCCUCGAGUCGCUCUCCAAGGCCGGCCACGUCGCCGCCGCCGAGCGGCUCGUCGAGGAGCUCCAGCCCCGGCUCCCGCUCGAGCUCCGCCACUACACCGCCCUGCUCUACGGCUGGUGCCGCCUGGGCAAGCUCGACGAGGCCAAGAACGUGCUCGCCCGCAUGAAGGCCGCGGGGGUCGCCUCGGACGUCGUCGUCUUCAACACCCUGCUCGCGGGGUUCGUCGCGGACGGCAGGUUCGAGGACGCGUUCGAGCUCACAAGGGAGAUGGAGCGGCGGGAUUGCCCUCCCAACGCGGUGUCCUACACCACCCUCAUGCAGGGGCUUGGGUCCAAGGGGAGGGUUGAUGAGGUAAUGCGGGUGUUUGUUGAAAUGCGGAGGAAGGGAUGCACGCCGGAUUCUGUCACCUACGGCACUCUGGUUACUGCGUUUUGCAAGGCCGGCAGGUUAUCCCAGGGGUAUGAGUUCUUGGACUCCAUGUCGAGGGACGGGCUGCGGGUGGAUCCUGGAGUGUACCUUGGGUUCUUUGUGGCGCAUGAGAAGAAGGAGCAGCUGGAGGAGUGCUUGGAGCUGAUGGAGAGGAUGAGGGAGUGCAGGUGCCCCCCAGACCUCAGUAUCUACAAUGUGGUGAUUCGGUUGUCCUGUAAGCUCGGAGAGACGAAACAAGCCAUGGCAUUGUGGAACGAGAUGGAGAAUAGCGGGCUUAGUCCUGGGGUCGACACCUUCGCAAUCAUGGUGACUGGGCUUGUUGGCCAGGGAUCGCUGGUCGACGCGUGCAAUUAUUUCAAGGACAUGGUCGGGAGAGGGCUAUUUGUUGCACCACAGUACGGAGUGCUGAAGGACCUCCUCAAUGCAUUAGUCAGAGAUGAGAAACUUGAGCUUGCAAAGGAUGUUUGGGGUUGCAUUGCCAGCAGAGGUUGCGAACUAAAUGUGAGUGCAUGGACAAUCUGGAUCCAUGCACUGUACGCGAAGAAACAUGUCAAGGAGGCUUGCUCGUAUUGCUUGGACAUGCUUGAGGCAGGGCUGAUGCCGCAACCAGACACAUUUGCAAAGCUAAUGAAGGGACUGAAAAAACUGUACAACAGACAGAUUGCUGCUGAAAUCACUGAGAAGGUGAGGUUGAUGGCAGAGGAGAGACAUGUAAGCUUUAAAAUGUAUAAGAGGCGUGGGGUGAAGGAUCUCGAAGAGAAGCCUAAGUCAAAGAGAAGGAAAGGGCAAAAGCGGAGUCGGGGGAGGCAGACCGUUCAGGGUCAGUCUAGAGAACAUGCUGACCUUUCGGAUUCUGCCGAUGAUGAAGAAUUCCCGAGUUGAGUUAAACUAGAACCAUAAGUGGGUAAUGAACACCUUCACUUGAUUGAAUUGUUUGCGGGAGUGAUUGGUUUAUGAACCAACCAAUAAGGAAAUAUUGGUCUUGCUGAAAAUGGAGCAGGUUUGCGUUAUCUACUCACACCUGAUAUUGAUACUUGAGCCAAGUGACACUCCGAUCCUAUCUGAAGUCCAUCUGCCAGUAUGUACUUCAGUUUUGAAAAGCUUUCAGGGGCUAAUGAUAUUGGGGCCUUUCAGUGCCAGUGCAAAAGAAAAUAACACCAAUAUACAAUACUACUAUGGCUGGAAGUGAGUCCAGCCUGUCUGAGCUAGGUUAUGCCUGAACUAGCUUGUUGCAACUGGAAGAUUGAUCCAAACAAGCUUGAGCUGAGAUUGAAGAUGCCAGGGAUAAAUGCAACAGUUGCCAACUACACAAAAUGGAGUGCAAAAAGAUAGGGCAUUUCAGCUGAUUAAGAGUCGUCGUUGGUGGGCACGAAGCCAUUGUCAAGGACACUGUCAUCUUAAUAUUAUGCUGAGUGAUUGAAUUGCAAUGCCAAAUCAAGAAGUGGAAGCAGAUUUGAACCAACAUAUUUCAUUGCUAAGUGGGAGUUAGGGAAGAACACACGGACGCAGAUCCCUGCUAGCAUUGAAGACCAAGACUACAGUGGCAUUGAGACAGCACCCAUCGUUCUUUGCCAUCAGCAUGGUGUGGCGGCUGAGAGGCGUGUAGCAUUUGAAGCAUUUAACACAGGCAGGAGGUUCUUAGUCUGUCCUAAGAAUGAAGAUGACAAUUGUGGUGUAUUGUUCUCUGGUUGACCCAGAGUGGCCUCCUACAUUGCAGAAUGCCUUGUUGAAGCUAUGGGAAAUGUAUCAUGACAGCAAGAGUGAUAGGAGGAAGGAUAACCUGGAGAGUUCACUCACUAUUCACCAUUUGACAGAAGAAAAAAAAUCUAGAGGCCAACUAUGACAAAUUGAUUGAAGAUGUGCACCAACUGUUCAAUGCUCAAGAGGAUAGGAUGGUAGAUUUCAGCUAUUUGCAGGCUAAGAUGCAGAGUGUACAAGUUUCUGAGUCAGGUAUCUGACAUGAAGACAAAGAUGGGGAAGAAAGAUGCAGAGAUCUUCAAGCUGCAGGAGAAGUAUAAAGUACUGAUGAACCUGACAAAAUCUCAAGGCACUGUCAUCCAGAACCUGAAGUUCAAUCAUCUAAAAGUGAAGGAAGUGCUUAGUACAUCCACCAGGAACCUGUAGUUCCAGGUUGAUGAACUCAAAAAAUCUGAGGAAAAGCUCACCCAGGAGAACACUCAGUUGCCCCUUCACAUGGGUGAUCUCAAGAAGGGACAUGAGAAGCUCACAGCAAGGAGGGAUCAGCUAAAGAUUCAGAUUGCUGAACUAUUGAAGUCAGAGGAGAAGAACAAGCAGAAAUUGAAGGGGAUCCUGGACAUCCUGUCAGAAUGAAGAUGUAGAUGAAGAGGAAGAGCAAGAGAAAGAGCAAGACCCAAGAUGAAGAGGAGAAGAAUGCUUGCUUUGUUGACCUUUUGUGAAGUAUGGUGUUGUUAUGAACUAGUAUGUUGUGUACUAUGGAUGUGUAGUUGUGAACUAAGUUGGAACUAUGUUGUUGCUUUAAGUUGUGACCUAAGUUAAACUCUA